CUCACCUCCACAUUGAAAGCUUUUGGCUAUGGCGGAGGAGGGCGAUCUUUGAGCUUUCGAAAGGCGGGGCUUUAUUAGGAAGGAGGACAAAAGUGGGGGCGAUGGCGAUGGCGCUGGCUAUGGCGGUCGAGGCGUGAUUUUCGAGCUGGGGAGGGGCGAUUCGAGCGGCGUCCCGCGGCAUCUUGACGGCGCUUGAUCAGGUCAGGAUAGGUUUCUUUAGGAAUCGCUCGGUUUCUGGGCUCUAGGUGUGCCGAUCUGCAUUCUUCGCAGCUCCGGAUCGAUCUUAGGCUAUUCUUUUUGCUGGCAGAGCGCUGCGCGGAUUUAUUUCUUUCUUUUUUGUUCCUGCCGGGAAAAAAAUGCUGGCUGUGAAGAAUGAGGAGGUGGAAAUCCCUCUUGAGAAAGACGAGCGCAUCAUGUACACUCUUGUCCGGAUUGACGAGAAUGGGAUGAUGUUUCCUACUACCGAUGAGGAUCUCAUGGAAGUUGAAUCACUGAUUCAAGGCGAGAGUUCUGAGGACGAUCAUACCGAUCAAGACGAUGAGAAAGACGAUGCACGACCCAUGGAGGAAGACUUGGAAGACGUGAAGUUGAGAUUGCUCAAGCAGCUAGAGGUUGUAGAUACUAUGCUCUUGAAAGUCAAGACGGAGGAAGAUCAAAGAGCUUUAGAGAGUUCCGGCUAUAAUGGUGCGAAGUUCACGUACAAGAGACGGCGUCGGCCUAAUCCAAAAUACUUCAACAUAAACGCCUUCGACUGCACCGGCGAGCUUCCUCCUUCUGAGCAAAUGGUGGCCCAAGUCAAGGUUGAGCCAUUGAAACUGAUGGAAGAAGAGCCUAUCUGCAGCAGCUCUACACCCGGUACUAUUACUCCUCAAUUCGAUGCUUCUUAUACUCCACCCAAGCUUUUUCUAGACAACCUUUCUAUCAGGGCACUGCAAGACACUUACAGGAACACGUUUGGUCGGGUGACUUCGGCUAAAGACAAGCACUGGCUGAAGCAGAAAAUCACCAAAGGCCUGAAUUCUAUGAACGAGAGCUCGGCACAGGCAGUGGUGGUGGCUGCACAGGCACAGGAAAAUUUGUUGAAAGAACGCCUUGAAGGCGAGACUUCCGCGGAGCAGCCUUUUGGCAUGGAAAAGCAGGAGGAGGACGUCAAGCCGGUGGUAUUAGGUACCUCGCCAACCAUUUCCUUAGACGCCUCGACAACCACAGUGGUGAGCAGGCCUAGCGACGGGCAGUCCCAUCUCAACGAAGUCCAGAGUUUGGAAGGAAAGAGGCACCGGAAGCCAAACAGGAGAUAUGUGGAAGAAGAAGCUGAUGAUGUUGCGUCAUUUGUUCCAUCGAUGAGCAGUCCCGAGGAUCAACAACAGCAGCUGCAAGUGGACUUUUGGAAGUCAGACGGUGAAGAUGGUGAUCCCGAUGAUCCAGAUGUUGAUGGCGACGACCUGGACGAGUGCUUUGAUCUGAAUGGCAGAGAGCUCGACUCGAUGUCACCGGACGGUUCCUUUGGUGCCCGGAGUCGCAAUCGCAUGGGUGAGCUGAAGGCCGAGCGACGAGCAGCGCAGCUUGUAAAAAUGGCUCGAAAUGCAAGGGCGGCUAAACGCGACGCGAACACUAGCAUCAGGAAAAUCAAGUUCAAGCUUCCAUCUGCUCCCGGCCAGGACAAUGACGAAAACUACGAGCCUAAUGACGAGUCCGCGGAUCAAGUCUCGUGCAUGCUUCCUUCUGUGUCAGACGAAUUGCAGCCAUCUGACACUGAGGACCAGGAUACAGAUCGAAAGUCGGGAUCGCGUAGGAAGCACCAUAGACCCUGGACGCUGCGGGAAGUAAUGGCUUUGGUGGACGGAGUUUCUCGCUGUGGCACUGGAAAGUGGGCCGACAUCAAGAGACUUGCGUUCUCUGCCAUCGCUUAUCGAACUCCAGUUGACUUGAAGGACAAGUGGCGAAACUUAUUACGAGCCAGUCGAGUACAUUCACAUUCUUCGCGUCAGGUGUCCGAGCAAGGUGAGAAGCGGAGAAAACAUUUCUCGGUGUCGAUUCCCGCUCACAUUUUAGCUCGGGUGCGAGAAUUGGCGGCACAGCCGGGCCAAACUUUGAAGCUCCCAGUGAUACGAUCGACGCGAAGCCGGCGAAUGGUCCAGCGAAAGAUUUGAUUCCCAGGACGAAGGCUUGUAAUAACGAGGGUGGAGCUGCUGUAAAAAUGUUAAAAAGGAAAAAAAAGAGCUUUUUUUCGCCUUGA